CUCGGGAGCGCGCGCGCCAACGCACGAGGACAGUUGACGACGUGCGCGCGGAUCCAGCAAGCUUUGUCAAACUCUUAUAUUGCGCAAAGAUUGUCACAUGAAGUUGUCUAAGGAGACUUUUGGGUCCAAGACAAUAACAAACAUCUAUGGGAUGUUCCUGAGAUAGGACUGAUUGUAAAAACAAGGGGAAAAAAAACAUCCGGACAGAAAACAAAAAAACAUAGGCUCGCUGGUUUGUUAAAUGAGUCAAGUGAGAAAAAAGCAGACGACCGACAAGAAGUUAGCAAAGACAAUCAAAUCCAAAUGGGAGAUUCUUUUGUCUUCUGAACAUUUUGCCUGAACGCAUCACCAAAGAUGAACCCAUAUGUCACUUCCCAUUUCAGGAGGGAUCUUUUUCCUCAUUUUCAUUUAUUGUAGGAAUCAUACAGAUGAAUCAAAUGAGUUGAUUGGUUUUAUCCAAAGGAUUUCAUCUUGUGGUCCAAAUACUUACGAAAGUGAUCUUGGAAUGACUAUGAAAGCGAGCCUUUGGAAAGCGGGAAUCUGAGCUGCAGUGAACUUGUCAAAGCCAAUCUCUCAGCCAACCUAACGCUCCAUCUGUAAAAGCGUCUUCAGGCUUAGGAAGGAGUGAAGGAGAGAUGUCUGAACUGUAUCGUAAGAAAGCGCAUGUUUUUAUCUUUUCAACCGCAUGUACAUAUGUGCCCGUGUCCCAAGUUUGCGCCUGUCCCCAACUUUGUCAAAACGCUGCCUGAAAUUGUCUUCUGUUGUACUUUUUGAAAUCGAACAACCCCCCCCCCCCCCCCUGCAUGCUUUUUGUUUUCCCUCCCUUGCAAGUUGAUUCUGAGCAACAGAUAUAAGGCGAGGUAACCCUGCCGUCCUUUUUGGUUUGCUUCGAUGUAUGGACAGUGUUCUUCCAUGGACACACUCGGAGAUGGACUCGAUGAAAGUGAAUUUGCUCUGAGAUCCAUCAACGAAAGGAUCGUUCUUGGAAACCCGCAACAUGGAACCGAUCAAUGACUUUGAAGGGGAUUCUUGACGGGUAUGGAUUCUGAUGAUUUUGUUUCGAGGAUGCACCGAAGACUCCUACCGUCGUUACUCCAUCUCGCAACUUGACCGUGUGACAAAGUGAGAAUUGAGAGCACGCGAUGGGCGCGGCACGUGUGAAACGGCGCUUUAGUGCUGUGGUGGUGGAUGGGCCGCUCGAGGAGGAGGAAGUCAUGAGGCUGGCACAGAGCGCAGACGACAUGGCUCGGGCAGGCGGGAGCCCGAUUGGGUCGGGAAGCCCGAGCGGCCCGUCCCCGACCCACGUCGUCAACGGCAUCGCAUUGCCUCUUGACUGCAAUGCACGGUGUGCCACCGGAGAGUCGAUGGGAGGAGAAGGCGGGGAAAGAACGGAGGCCAUGUGCUCAGGAAGUAGUGUAGGAGGAAGAGGGGAAGGCCCGUCCGGCUCGGACCGGGACUCCCUUUCUUCCCCCUCCACCGCAAGCCGCCGGCGCGCCAAGCGGGCUGGCCGCGGGCCCCGAAAGCGCUUUGUGGGCAAGGACGGCCGCUGCAACGUUACCUUUGUCAACAUGAGCGAGAGGGGCCAGCGCUAUCUCAGUGACCUCUUCACCACCUGUGUGGACAUCCGCUGGCGCUGGAUGCUGGUCAUCUUCACUCUCUCCUUCCUCCUCUCCUGGCUACUCUUUGGAUGUGCUUUCUGGCUCAUUGCCUCCGCGCACGGGGACCUCUCCGUCCGCCUCGUUCCCGGCACCUCUGCGUCGGGAGAGACCGACAGAGAGGCGGCAGCGGAGGAGGAGGAGCCCUGCUUCCUCCAAGUGAACAGCUUCAUGGCGGCCUUUCUCUUCUCGCUGGAGACGCAAACGUCCAUCGGUUACGGAUUCCGAAGCGUGACCGAGCGAUGCCCCCUGGCGGUGGCGGCGGUCGUCUUGCAGUGCAUCGUGGGCUGCAUCAUUGACGCCUUCAUCAUCGGGGCGGUCAUGGCAAAGAUGGCCAAGCCCAAGAAGCGCAACCAAACUCUGGUCUUCUCUCAAACUGCCGUGGUGGCCCUCAGGGACGGCAAACUCUGCAUGAUGUGGCGAGUCGGAAACCUGCGCAAGAGUCACCUGGUCGAGGCUCACGUCCGAGCGCAGCUUUUAAAGUCAAGGGUGACAGAAGAAGGCGAGUUCCUUCCGCUGGACAACUUGGACAUCAACGUUGGAUUUGACACCGGCACCGACCGCAUUUUCUUGGUCUCACCGGUCACGAUCGUCCACGAGAUCAACGACGAGUCGCCUUUCUUCGAGAUGGACCGCGAGACCCUGGAAAAUGACACCGAACUGGAGGUGGUGGUGAUCCUGGAGGGCAUGGUGGAGGCCACAGCGAUGACCACGCAAUGCCGCAGCUCCUAUCUGGCAACGGAAAUCCAGUGGGGAUAUCGUUUUGAACCUGUGCUCUUUGAGAAGAAGGACUGCUAUGAGGUAGACUACUCAUUCUUCCAUCGGACGUACGAAAUCCCAAACACGCCCUUGUGUAGCGCUAAAGAGCUCGCAGAGCUUAAAUACAUAAAGAGCACUCGCUCUUCUUUCUGCUAUGAGAACGAAGUGGCUCUUCAGCUCAUUUCUCCUGACGAUGAACCCGACCAAGACUCGGUGUUCCCUGCCGCAUCAAACAGGAGACUUUCGGACCACCUUCACUACAACUGAGAGACCAGAAACGAGAAACGGGUUCGGAGUGAGUCCAAGAUGUGACCUUGUUGGCUGAUUGGUCCUGGCAAUCUUUUAAAAUAAUUGAAAACUUGAGUCUGCGACGUCCCAAUCUGGCCCAUCACCACUGCAGCACACCUAUCAUGGACGGGAUGAGCAACUGCGCCCCACGCUGGCCGUCACUUGCAACUGCAUUUCCAGUGGAACGUUUCAUCCUCGCAGAUACACUUCAGGAAUGUAUCUGUCUCAGUAUUAUGCUGAUUUAUCAUCAUUAUUUUCAUAUGGUAAGUAUGAAUGAUCUAUUUCUAGACAUAGAUUACAUGGAGAAACAAACUAGCAGCGGUUUUGUGCGUUUCCAUGUAAUUACUGUCUGCUGUUUUUAUUCAAUGCAGAAAUGUGACAUUAUUGUGGCUUUUAUUUUUAUUUUCAUUAUUUUACAAGACGGUGAACCCCUUUUUGUUGCGGGGGUAUGUUCCACUACCAAUCCACGAUAGAUAAAAAUGAAACCAAAUUUGUUACAUUAAAUCUAUACUCUACAAUUGUAACAAAAGAACACACAAUCGAUUCUUUCACUUCUUUUUGCUUUGUAAAGAAUCUGCAGUGUAACCGGGGUUCACUGUUCCGUAAAUUCUUGCACAAAAGCACAACGUUAGUUUUGAGCGAGGAGGAAUAUUAACCCUGAAAGUGUCUUGUUAUGUAUAAAGUAUAUUUUCCUACUCUGAGGUGAGGUGGACUUGCCGUGUUGAUUUGCCUUGCUUGGUCGGAGCAGGAUUGAACUGAUGUACUAAACUAAAUUAUGUUAAUCUAUACUCCAUUUUCUUUCUGAUAUGUUACACGCGGUUCAUAUGCCGUGACGAUUUGUGUCGGGGUGGUGCCUUUGACCGACAUUUGAAGCGCCACUGAGAGCUGCAGCAGUCACGUUUCUUAAAAAAAACUUUGAAAGCAAACCAUUUUGGGCGGACAUUGUUUAUUGUGUUAAGUCCAACAACGAAUAAAGUGAAUAUGCGCUUCAUGCAACAAGAUGGCACCAAAUCACUGCUUUUGGCUGAAUUGAACUCUUCAACAUAUUUCAAUGUAGUUCUUCGGCAGAAAAGAAAUGAAACAGUUUGUGCAUUAUGAUUAAUUCACGCGUGGCUGCUUGUGAUGUGCGCACUUUGGCCACUAGAGAGCAGUAUAAUACAAAAACUACACGGAUUGUACGCUUAUCCAAAAUCUCAGUAAACUGCUGUAAUACAGAUUUUUUCUUUACGGAUGAUAAAGAAUAUAUUCCUGUGUGCGUUAUUGAAUUGUCAAAUGGGGAGGAUAAAUCUGCAAAUUUGAGUGCAGCACUGUAUUUUACUCAAUAGUAACUAAAGCAGUUUAUUCAAUUGUCACUUUUCACUGUUUACCUGUCGAAUAAACAACCUCCUUCCAUUUUCAUUUUAGGAAUAUAUGGAAGAUUAAUAUCAGUGAUGAAGCUCUUGCCUCUGUCCUGCUGUUACCGCAGUAGAGGUUUUGUAACCUAUGUGUUUGAAUGUUGUCAAUUGUUGUGUCUUCCCAUAAACGUCCACCCUCAAGUUCUAUUUAUAGGCUGCACGGUGGGUUACGGGGCCUCCCUUCACUUCUGUGAAAUGUAACUUGAACUUUAGAGCACCAUCACUUUAGCACUUUUCUUUUCAACAUUGCAGAAAAAUAGUGACGUGUACUUUUCAAAUCAUGUCACCGCUUCCACUCUAUGACCAGGGGUGGGCAAACGUGUGCUCAAGGUCCUCAUAAUUAUUUUUUAAAUUGACAGAUGGUCCAAGUCAUUCAUAGGUUUUAAAAGAAAUAAACAUAUGGUGGAAUGCGUUUGUGAAAUAUAUUUGUUUCUUUUAAUGUUAUGAGCCAAGAAAGAAGCAUACUUUUCCCACCCCUGAUUUUAUUCCUAAAACUUACAUAUUUGUGGAUUUAUAUGAUUGUAAAAUUGUAUUUUCAUUUUACAUUUAGAGCUGCUUUUGAAAUAUGGGGCUUCCAAAUGGAACCGACUGUAUGUGAGCAAAUAA